UUAAGUGAAGCGCCGAGUGAAUCAAUCUGGACUCCGUGCAUCUUGUCGCAUCUCAUGGCUUCAUCCCGGUCAUCUGGGAAACGCCUGCCCAUCAGCUGCCAGGCAUGUCGAACAAGAAAAAUUCGCUGCUCGCGUGAUGGCCGUCCAUGCCAAACCUGCGUACGACGAGGACUAGGCGCCGAGGAUUGCAUCUACCUUGGCCAGCCUAGGUUAUCAUCCGAGCAAACAUCCCCCACAGACCCAGCAGUACAGAAUGAGCUUUUGGCACGAAUCCGCAAUCUUGAAGGUCUCCUCCAGAAACAAGUCAACUCCUAUGCCGGAACACCUACGGGAGGUGGGUCUCCCCUCGGUGCUCCGAGUGUCUCGGGCAGCUUCUCGGAGUCUGAAAUCGGCACCGGGCUAGAUACAUGGGGAAGUCCGUAUUUGGGCAACGUGGGGACUCUCCAUACCUCAUCUUCGGGCCAUGUGCGUUACGUGCCUCUUGCUUCGCAGUGGGAAUCGGUCGUUGCUACAAGUCCCGCUGCGGAAUGCUUGCGAAACUCCGAUCAGGAUAUCACGGACGAAGACGAUCUGCAGAUCCCGUUGGCUCGGAAUGGAAAUGUCUCACGCGCUGAGUUGCUGGGUAUUUUGCCGCCGGGUCGGUACUGUGAUACAUUGAAGGAAGUCUAUUUCCGAGUAUUUUCACCGAUCUUUCACAUUCUUCAUGACUUGACAUUUGAAGCGGAGUACCAACAGUUCUGUCACGAUCCCGGCAGCGUAUCAACGUCCUGGCUCGCGUUGCUGUUUGCGAUACUAUCUAUUGCAGUCAGCGCACUUGACGAUGAUGACCCGCUGUUGUCUGAUCUUGGCCGGGAGAGGACUGUGAGUCGAAACAUCAAGGUGCUAUCAGCACGCUACCGAUCUGCGGCUCUUCAAUGUUUAGCUGCCGACAGCGUUAUGACUCGCCAUUCAAUCAACUCUCUGCAAGCAUUGGUUCUCAUUAGCUAUGCACGGCUUCACCGUGGCUUGCCUUUUUGGACAUUACUUGGGUUCACCCAGCACGUCGCUAUAUCCAUGGGCUGCCAUAUCGACCCAGAAAAGUUCAUUCUGGGACCUAUCGAACGAGAAGAGCGCCGACGGGCCUGGGCAGGGCUAUUGAUGCUCUACACUAUUCAAAACUCUUCUUUCGGAAGCCUAGAUCAACAGAUGUUAACGCAAGACGUGAAAAUGCCAGCCGACGUCGACGACAUUGACCUCCUUACAGGCCCAACAGUAUCCAUGACAUCCGACUCUUCUUCCUCCCCUUCGGCCAGCCGACCAACACAAAUGACCUACCUUCUCCUAACUUUCCGCCUCUACAAAAUCUCCAACAAAAUCUGCGAAACAAUAUUCACAUUUCCCCAAUCCCGCUUCUCAGUCUCCCAACUUGAAACCGAGAUUCUCGCAAUUCGCGAAAUGUGUGACUCGCGAUAUCGACUUGACUCGGCUCAAGAUCCUCUCCCCGUACACCACCAAGCAAACCUCAACAUCCUCUACAGCCAAAUCAACCAACUUUUCCUUCUCCUCCUCCGCCCCAGUCUAUGCCGCUUCCUCCAAGGCGAGACCACGUCCGAGACAUGCGCAGCAAGAGCCAAGUGCAUGGCAUCUGCCAAGGCGUCUGUCGCAAUCUUUCAAACCCUUUUGGAAUCUUCCCGAUUCGCACCAUACAAAUGGUAUACGAGUGGUCUAGGCAGUUUCCACGCAUUCCACGCAGCCGUCGUCCUUGCCGUCGGACUCAUGAACCCGGAGAAUCAAGCCGAGUUCGACGAAACCAAAGACAUGUUGAAUAAAGCCCUGGACAUGUUUGCCUCGCUGUCCGUGCGAAGCAUCUUCUGCAGCAAGGCCGUCCCCGUCAUCCGACAGAUAAUAGAUGUCUCCACCACCUAUUACCACACACAACCCCGGCCCCGGGUUCAAACUCCUAUGAUCACCACCCUCCCCCCAAAUCUCUCCUCGGUCACUAUGCACGAAAGCUUCGUGCUAUCGCACUCGCAAUCCCAUUCACCCGUCCCGACUGUCUCGUCGUCGUCGAGCGAUCCCACUAUGCAGUCUAGUUUCGGCAUGUCUCUGCAACCACAGAACUGGAUUGGUCCUACCUCGGUUCCUUGGGAUACACUUGGUUCCUCGAUGGGGCAGUUUGGGUUUGAUUAG